UAAAUACACGAUGUCAGUUACUGAUUUGGAUCAUAGAUUCAAGAUGUCAGUCAAUAUGCAAGAUUUGAAAGAAGGUGAGGAUCGUUUUGUCACGGACUCGGUUCAUCAAAGAUUUCAGCAAAUGCAUCUUCGUUGUGAAGAAUGCAAUCAAGAUAUCUUGGGAAACUGGAAUGCCAUAAGAAAGCACUAUGACGAUUCACAUCCUCCCUCUGAUAAACGAUGCCGCUACUGCUUUGGCAACGUUUUUAAAUAUCGAACGAUCCCAGCAGAUAGUACAGAAUUUUCAGAGAGUUUUUUAUAUCAUAAGUGCAAAUGUACAGAGGAGCAACCCAAAACAGGUGCACUUAAAGAAUCCAUGUAAAUACCGAUAUAUCUGUGAUAUUUCUAAACACAAGAUCUGUAAAUUUGAUAUU